AUGAGACAGCCAUUCUCGUACCGACCGCAGUUCCAGCUGGGGCUGCUGAUGGGCGAUCCGUUUGCGCUCUCCACCAUUUCGCUCGGCAUCAUUGGUUGGAUUAUCGCCCUGGGCGGUUCCAUCGGCGCCUCGGACCAGUUCAAAAACUUUGGCUGGUGGGGUCUGGCGUUCGAAUUUUUUGUCAUCCUGUGCGUCUUCCUCGUGGUCGCCACAGACUCGGUCGAGCCCUACCGCCAGAUGCUGCUGGCGUUUCUGGCGUUGGCCACCAUGUAUGUGACCAACUCCACCAACAAUGUGGUGUACAACGGCACAUCGGCAAGCUCGGCGUCCGGCGCAGGCCACAUUCUGCUCUCCAUCAUCAACUUUCUGUGGAUGAUCUAUUUCGGCACAACCCACGAGGCAGGCAUCCAUGCGUGGGUUGACUCUUUCGCGGCCGAUAAGGGUCACUCGUACAACAACGACCAGUUUGCCAUGCGACGGUCUAACCCCUUCUCGCUGCAUGAUCAGCAGCGCCAGAGCCUUGGCGUGCCCGGCCGGCCGGUCUCCGCCUACUCAGCUGGAAUGGGAGGCGUCGCCAACUACAACGGCCUGCAGCUCGGCGGGUUUGAAAACUCGUCCAAUGCCGAACCACACCAGGCAAGCCCGGCCUUCUCGCAACAGCAACAGCAGCAGACGGCCACCCCACAACAGGCGACUGACUCGCUCUUUGUGGCCACAGAGUACCCAUACAGAGCCCGGGCGGUUUACGCGUACCAGGCGAACCCUGAGGACGCCAACGAGAUCAGUUUCGACAAGGGCGAGAUUCUCGAUGUCAGUGAUAUCAGUGGAAGAUGGUGGCAAGCCCGGAGGGACAAUGGAGAGAUUGGUAUCUGUCCUAGUAAUUAUGUUGAGCUGUUGGCAUAG